AUGGGGAAACAGAGAAUCAAUGAGAGUCCAAAGACCAGUUUGGACAGGUUCAAAGUGGCCAUUACUGAGAAACUGGCACACACGGAGCUGGUCCAGAUGAACGGUACCUACUGGUGUGUGACUGCCCACAACCACUCCAUCGAGCUAAAUGGAAAGCCCUGCCCCUCGAGACAUCCAUCCGUGUGCAUGAUAGUCCCCCGAAGGUCAACCUUGACUGUUGACGGGAUGCAGCUGCACCAUACUCUGCCAAUGAUGGGUAACCUAACGUGGGAUCAGGAAUGGCACUAUGGCAGUAAGUAUCUAGGGGAGGGUCUACAGGCCCUGCAGGCGAAGAUCGAGGAGUUGGUGGCCGAGGCCCAGAGGCAUAUUGAGGAAGGCCGUCUGAGGUACGCUCAGAUAGGGGAAACCGUGGACCAGGCCGAUGUGAAGUACUCAAAGGCAAGGAACCAGGCAGUGGAGGUUAAAGCGAUAAUUAUGAGUGAUGCCAUCUCAGUGGAAAAUACAGUUGGAAUAUGUACAUACCUAACCACCGUGACCGAAUUUCUUCUCCUGGCAUUCUCUGAUAUUUGGAAGCUGCAGAUUUUACACUUUAUGGUGUUUCUAGUUCUUUACUUUUUAUCGCUGGUAGGGAAUCUUCUCAUCUUCAUAGGCAAAGCCCUUGACCACCACCUUCACACCCCCAUGUACUUCUUCCUGAUGAAUCUGUCCAUCCUAGACCUCGGUUCUGUCUCUGUCACCAUCCCCAAAUCCAUGGUGAACUCGCUCAUGAACACCAGAUGGAUUUCCUAUUCUGGAUGUGUUGCCCAAGUCUUUCUCUUUGCCUUCUUUGCUUCAGCAGAUUAUGCCAUACUGACUGUCAUGGCAUAUGAUCAAUAUGUCGCCAUCUGCCAACCAUUGUACUAUGAGACUAUGAUGAAUAGGAGAGCUUGUGUCCAAAUGGCAGCCAGUGCCUGGAUCAGUAUUAUUCUCUACUCUGCAGUGCACACUGGAAACACAUUUGCAGUAUCCUUCUGUGGAGGCAACAUGGUGGAUCAGUUCUUCUGCAAAAUCCCCAAGCUCCUCAAACUUGCCUGCUCUGGUUCAGACCUCAGUGAACUUGGGCUUCUCAUCUUUAGUUUAUUCUUAUGCUUAAGCUGCUUUGUUUUCAUAAUUGUGUCAUAUGUUCAGAUCUUCACAGUGCUGAGAAUCCCCUCUGAGCAGGGCCGACAUAAAGCCUUCUCCACCUGUCUUCCUCAUCUCAUUGUGGUCUCCUUGUUCCUUUGUACUGCCAUUUUUGCAUACCUGAAACCCAUCUCCAGCUCUCCAUCAGUUCAGAAUCUCUUGGUGGCUGUUCUCUAUUCUGUGUUGCCACCAAUGAUGAAUCCGAUCAUCUACAGCAUGAGGAACAAGGAGAUCAAAGGUGCACUGAAUAAACUGAUAGACACCAUCCGAUGGUCCAGCGACAUCUACAUCGAGCACAUCACCGGCCACCAACAGUGCCAGGAGGCAUGA